AUGAGGACGUCCCGACUCCUCCGCACCACCACCUCCUCCCUCCUCGCCCGUCCCCAAGCCUCUACAGCCGCAGCCCGCCUCGCUCCCUUCCUGCCCACCCUGUCCGCCGCUUCCCGCACCAUGUCCUCGAAGCGCGUCAACACCGCCAACGCAAGGCUCAGCCAGGUAUCCCGCCAGUUCUCUUCGUCCGUCUCCAUGAGCGUCUCUGCGCCCAAGUCUGGGUCCGCCGCCGGUGCCAACGCCGCGCUCGACGACAACAAGCUCGUCAAGCUGCUUUCCGAAGGCGGCCUGCGCACCAUCCUGCUCAACCGCGAAAAGGCGCUCAACGCGCUCAACCAGCAGAUGGUCGACCUCAUCGAUGCCGCGCUCGACGAGUGCAUCCAGGCAGCCGCUUGCAACGUCAUCCUCCUCCGCGGUACCGGCCGUGCGCUCUGCUCCGGCGGCGACGUGCUCGCCGUCGUCAAGGCCGCCGACUCGUCCGACGCCAAGGUGCGCAACACCGCGCUCGACUUUUUCCAGUCCGAGUUCCAGCUCGACUACAAGAUCGCGCGUCUCGGCGAGGCUGCCAACGCGCACAGCGCCGGUAAGGGCGCCGAGGACGCACGUACGCUCACCAAGAGCAAGGGCGGCGAGCUCAAGAAGCCCAAGACGUUUGUCUCGGUCAUGGACGGCAUCACCAUGGGCGGCGGUGUCGGUCUCUCGGUGCACGCGCCCUUCCGCGUCGCUACCGAGCGCACCAUGUUUGCCAUGCCCGAGACCGGAAUCGGCUACUUUCCCGACGUCGGCGUCACGCGCGUGCUCGCCCGCCUCGACGGACGCAUCGGCCAGUACCUCGGCAUGACCGGCGCACGCAUCUCGGGCGAGGAGGCCUACCUCGUCGGCCUCGCCACGCACUACAUCACCUCGGGCAACAUCGACGCGCUCGCCCACCGCCUCAGCACGCUUCCUGCCGAGAGCGCGCUCAACCCUUCGCUCGUUUCGCAGGCGCUGCACGAGUUCGACGCCGACCCGCUCGCCGCCAACGAGACGCUCGCCAAGUCGGCCUUCUUUGGCGACCGCCGCAUCGCCCUCGACUAUGUGUUCGGCCAGCUGUCGUGCGAGAGCAUCUUUUCGUGUCUCGACGAGAUCGCGUCGGCCAAGGCGGACAGCCAGGCUGCGGUGGAGCUGGCCGAGCUCGGACUGGCGCAGAUCACGCCCGAGGUGCAGGCCUGGGCGCAGCAGACGCUCAAGGACCUCAAGACCAAGUCGCCGCGCGCACUCAAGAUCACCCACCAGGCCAUUCUCGAGGCGAGGCGAUUCGACGUCGAGGAGGCCUUCCGCUUCGACAUGCGCCUCGCCACCGCCUUUUGCGACUUUUCCAUCGGCCGCGACUUUUACACGGGCGUGACGCAUGUGCUGGAACGCGACCCGGCCACGGGCAAGCGUCGCACGGGCAUCGCGGCCUGGGACCCGCCCUCGCUCGACAAGGUGUCCGACACCCAGAUCCGCGCCCAGUUCUUCUCGGACCUCGACACGGCUCGCAAGGCUGGAUUGCAGAUGGACGUGCCCGAGCUGCCGUCGGUCCCGGCACCGGCUACCUCGAAGGAGGCGCGCCAGGCACGCGAUAGCCUGCUGAGGGGCAAGGGUCCGCUGAGGUGGGAGCAGAGCCACAACGUCUUUGCGCUUCCGUCCGAGGCCGAGUGCGCCGCCCUGCUCGAGGGCAACCACCCAGCCGCAGCAGCCGUCACCCCGGACAGCGCAGAACUCAUCGACUGCCUCAAGCGCCACAAGGGCCACCUCCCCGGCCUCGAGUUCAAGGUGGCCGACUGGAUCAAGCGCUCCCACCGCUCCGCAUAG